AUGUCCGCCAUCGAAGUGGCCACGGCUUUUGCGCCCGACCUCCUCGCCUCGUCUACGGUCUCCGCCUAUAACAAGGAGUACGAAGCCAGCGCGCCCUACAAACACGCCGUCAUCCCUGCCCUGAUCAACGAGGACCUGCUCAAAGCCACUCGUCAGGAGAUCAUCGAAGAGCUGCGCUUCGCGGAAAAGGAAACCGACAUCUACAAGGUCAACCAAACCGGUGACCUUGCCAACCUCGACGGUCUGCCAGAGGAAGAAGCCGGUCGACUGCAGAACCUCCUGCGCGUUCGCAAUGCCAUUUAUUCGCAAGAGUUCAGAAGCUGGCUCCAGGGGGUCACGGGUUGCGGACCACUCAGCGCUAAAAAGAAGGACAUGAGCAUCAACGACUAUCGCCAAGGAUGCCAUUUGCUCAAUCACGACGAUGUCAUCUCUACGCGAAGAGUAUCAUACAUCCUCUACCUGCCAGAUCCGGAUCAGCCAUGGCAGCCAGAGUGGGGUGGCGCACUCGAGCUGUAUCCCGUCAAGACCAAGGGUACACCCGACGAUUUGCCGAGCAAAAUCAUCCCGCCCAAAUGGAACCAAUUCACAUUCUUUACCGUGCAGCCUGGUCACUCAUUUCACUCGGUAGAGGAAGUCGUUCACCCAAGUCAGUCCCGACUCAGCAUCUCCGGUUGGUUCCACCGACCUCAAGAAGGUGAAGAGGGCUUCACCACAGAAGACGAAAAGAAGGAGGCAGAGGUGGAAAAGGAAAUGAGCAGUCUCGAGAGUCUCUCGGCCAAGGAAAACGCAAAACUGUUCGAAGCCUAUCCGGAAGAAUUCGAAACCCCAUUGCCUGGCUCGCCACUCAGUCAAGACGAGAAGAAGUUUUUGCUUCAAUUCCUCAAUCCAGCCUACUUGGUGGCAAAGACGCAAGAACAGCUGUUUGAACAGUUUGGUGAUGACUCGCACAUUCUGCUGUCCGAUAUCUUGAAGAAAGAGAUCGCCCAGUCGUUGGAAAAGUCGUUGCGGCAGGCGGAUGCAAAGGACGGAUUCCAGUGGUGGACCUCUGGCAAAGGCGAAGAGUCGACAAGGAUCCAGCCACACGCUGUGGGUACGGAUCGGGUCGAUGAUGCCGAUAACGAGGCAAAGCAGUGGAGCAUCUCCGGUCCACCGCACAAGCAGCGAUACGCUGUGCAGUCAGAGCAAGCUACGCCCAAAAAAGCUGGCGAGAUUGCAUCGCAGAACACACUUGUCCCUAACCCGCUCCCCACGGAUGCAGGUGCGCUCCUCAAGCUGCUCAGCACAGUCCUCUUCCCCUCGAUUGCCUUCCGACAUUUUCUCGCCAACAUCUCACAGCUUGUCCCAUUGGGAGCUCGACCGAUCGAAGCCAGAAGGUUCCGUCCUGGCCUUGACUACACGCUGGCACGAUCCGACACCGAACCUGUAUUGGAUGUGACGCUUAACCUCACCCCGGAUGUCGUCAAGCCUUCGCUGGAAGAAGAGCGUAAAGCUGGUCCGCGUGGGCUGGCAAGCAAAGCAAAGAAAGGCAAGGUCGCCCCUGUCAAACCAUCCUCUUUUACGGGAUCCAAGAUGCUCUCGAAGAAAGAAGCAAAGGAUCUGGCUGCCAAGUGGGAAAGCGGAGACAUUGGGGGCUGGGAAUGCUACAUGGCACCUCACGAGGGCGAAGAAGACCCGGCUGUCUACCAGAGUGGCAACAGCGGUAAAAAGAAGGCGAAUGACGAAGAAAACGAAGCCGACGCCGUGAUGAAGGAUGCUGAAGAUGAUGAGGGGGAAGAGAUUGUCGAAAUGAUCGAAGAUGACGGAGACGAGGCGGACGACGAUUUCGAUGGCGUUCUUCUCAACCUCACGCCAAGCUUCAACACGUUGAGCGUGGUGCUGAGGGACGAGGGUGUGAUGAGGUUCGUCAAGUACCUGGCUGCGUCAGCGGGAGGCUCGAGGUGGGAUGUGAUUGGAGAAUACGAGAUCGGCGCUAUCGAGAUGGAGGAGGAGGAAGAGGGCGCUGAUGGCGCUGAUGGCGCUGAUGCAUGA